CCACGGCGCCAAAUUCUCUGGUCCCUCCUUGCUAUAAAACUCUCGGUCGCACAGGAUUUCACCACCUUAGCAAUAAAAAGCUCUGCAGCUUAAGAAGCACACUAGGAACCAGUCAGAGAAAGAGAAGCUCUGGGAAAACGCCAUGGCUUCCUCACACUGCUUUGCACCUCUCGUGUUCCUGCUGCUCCUUGUUGGGUGUUCUGGAAGGCCAAUCGAUCCACUUCCUAGCAAAACAGCCGAUGCCACCAACAGACAGCCUCUACAAACUUCUCGUCCAUACAACAUUGCUCAUCGAGGUUCAAGUGGAGAGAUUCCUGAAGAAACUGCUGCUGCAUACAUGAGAGCUAUUGAAGAGGGUGCAGACUUCAUUGAAACGGAUAUCUUAUCUUCUAAAGACGGUGUUCUUAUAUGCUUUCAUGAUGUGACCCUUGAUGAUACAACUGAUGUUGGCGAACACAAGGACUUUGCAGAUCGUAAAAGAACCUAUGAAGUUCAAGGGUUCAACACAACCGGUUUUUUUACUGUUGAUUUUACACUAAAAGAACUGAAGUCAUUACGAGUGAAGCAGAGAUACCCAUUUCGGGAUCAACAAUAUAAUGGAAAAUAUCCGAUUAUUACUUUUGAAGAGUACAUUUCAAUCGCACUGGACGCACCCAGAGUUGUUGGAAUAUAUCCGGAGAUUAAAAAUCCAGUAUUGAUCAACCAACAUGUGAAGUGGGCAGAUGGUAAGAGGUUUGAGGACAAAUUUGUGGAGACACUUAAGAAGUACGGAUACAAGGGUUCAUACCUAUCAAAAGAUUGGUUGAAACAACCUGCGUUUAUCCAGUCAUUUGCUCCAACUUCACUUGUAUACGUAUCAAAUCUGACAGACUUGCCCAAGAUCUUCUUAAUUGACGAUGUUACUAAUCUAACGCAAGACACUAAUCAGUCCUAUUGGGAAAUUACUUCGGAUCCUUACCUUGACUACAUUAAUUAUGUGGUGGGCAUUGGACCGUGGAAAGAUACUAUAGUUCCUGUAGUAAACAAUUAUUCGCAAACACCUACCGAUUUGGUCUCCAGAGCCCAUGCACAUGACCUACAGGUGCACCCCUACACAUACAGAAACGAGAACUCAUUCCUGCACUUGAACUUUCAUCAAGAUCCAUACGCAGAGUACAAUUACUGGAUUAACGAGAUUGGUGUCGAUGGACUUUUUACAGACUUCACAGGAAGCCUACAUAACUUUCAAGAGUGGACCUCCUUCAAUGACAAGAAUGCAUCAAGUUUAUUGCACAAAAUAGCAUCAAUGGUCUCUUCCUACAAGAAGGCGUGAGAUCGAAAGUACAUUUUAGGUAUCAUUUAAGCUUGUUAAACUACGUAAGUGCAAUUUCUGGAGACUACAACCCUGUAAAAUUCAUUUAGAGGAGAUCGUUUUUCGUUUCGUUUCUCAGUUCAAUUAGUAUCUUGCCAUUAGUCUACUUUCAUCCCAAGUUAAAGCAAUUUAGUGACGUUCUUGGAUA